CACGCUGCUCGACGAUCGUCAGGAGAUUCAGGAAAAGUAUUACUACGGUAUCUCAAAUAUGAUUGUGAGAGGUUCGUGUUCGUGCUAUGGUCAUCAUCUCGGUGCUUGCCGUUGGAGGGCGUCCGAAAUACAAUCGAUAUGGUGCAUGGAAGGUGUGAGUGUACGCACAAUACGAAGGGUUUGAAUUGUGAGGAGUGCGAAGAUUUCUUCAACGAUCUGCCAUGGAAACCAGCGUUGGGCAAACAGACGAAUGCAUGUAAAAAAUGUCACUGUAACAAUCAUGCUACAAACUGUCACUUCGAUCAGGCUGUGUACGAACACUCGGGACGGGUUAGCGGAGGUGUGUGCGAUAACUGCCAGCACAAUACACAAGGUUAUCACUGCGAGGAAUGUGCUCCGUUCUUUUACAGGGAUCCAAACGAGGACAUCCAGAGUCCGUAUGUGUGUAAACCGUGUGACUGUGACCCCCGCGGAUCGUUAGACGAUGGUAUCUGUGAUGCGAUCGGUGACGAGGAAAGUGAUGUUGAGGCUGGUGCUUGUCAUUGUAAGCGCCACGUUAGUGGUCGCCGGUGCGAUCAGUGCAAGGAGGGUUUCUGGAACUUCAACGAGAGCAAUCCGGAUGGUUGUCAGUCGUGCACUUGUAACAUUCUGGGCACGGUGAACAAUGCUGGUUGCAAUGUGUACACUGGAGAAUGUAUAUGUAAAAGAUUGGUAACCGGACGCGAUUGCAAUCAGUGUAUUCCGGAGACUUAUGGCUUAUCUGAGACCCAUGAGGGAUGCACUGCAUGUAAUUGUCAUCCGGGAGGUUCGUUGGAUAACAAUUGCGACGUAAUCACCGGUCAGUGCCGUUGUAGGCCUCACAUGCAGGGUCGGGAUUGUGCUGAACCUAAGCAGCAUUAUUUCAUUCCUACCCUGCACAAAGUGCUGGAAGCAGAAAUGCCUGGAACGAUUUGUGACCACUACUCAUCGGCUGGUAACUGCUCGGUGGUAAUUCCAUACUGUGAUAAGGUCUGUAGGAGAACUCGCUGAUCCAAAACCUCCUCGGAACA